UCGUAUCUGUCAUGUUGGCAACGACAUCUGUCAUGCAAACUUCCGGUUAUAUUUAGUGGAAUUUUGUGGAAGAUUAAGUUUUAUUUUCUCAAUAAUCACACCUUUUGAUUAUGAAAAAUGGAUUGGCAAUUAACGUGUCGCGUUUGUCUGGAAACAGGCGACAUGGUUUCCCUGUUUGAUUGGGAUGAAAAUAAUGAACAACUGGGGGACAAGUAUACGUACUGCUGCGGCGUCGAGGUGUCCAAAGAUGACUCGCUACCAACGCUGAUCUGUUUGAAUUGCGUGGACCGCCUUACAUACGCGUGUCAGUUCAAAAAGCAGUGUCUUUCUUCGAAUGAAACCCUAAAAGAAUGUCUCGAUGAAUUUCUUAAGACUUCACAGGCUGUUUCAGCGAGUAAAAACGAAGACUCAAAUGAAACAGAAACAAUCACAAUCAAGCAAGAAAACGGUCUGUUACUGCAGUAUGAGUUGCCAGUGGAACAUGAUCCUCAGACCACAUGGAUGCGGACAGUUAACAAGACCCCGUCUGGUACAGUGGUUACUAAGGCACCGGGGCAGAAGAAGAGGGGACGGCCGAGGAAGUAUCCGAAUGAACAAGGCCAGAUUGAUCUAUCGCCAUACCAACGCAAAAAACCUAAGCGAGAAGCAAAAGAGCCUGAAGCCUUAACAACUCUACUGGCAAAAGAUUCUCUGGAGCUUAAACAAGAACCAGAGGAGGAAUUCACUGAAGACUAUGAUGGAGGGUCGGCGGAUGACCCUGACUUUACACCCGGCGCGGAUGACGUAGAUUCUGACGCUGAAGUGAAAAAGGCGGCGCCAACUCCAAAGAAACGCGGCAGGCCUCGCAAAACGCUUCUAGAGAGCUUGAAACCGAAAGAGGAGGAAGGUGAAGACAUGCUGCUGAAGGAAACCAUCAUGGCGUUCUCGGAGCCCAUACCGGAUCACAUACUUAACCCCAAACCCAAGAACCGGAAGCAGCGGCCUAAGAAGAAAUAUGUUUAUGAAAAGACGCAUGUGUGCGAAACUUGCGGCGCGUCGUUUACGUCAAAUGCGUCUUUACAAGCGCACAUACGACGACAUUUAGGCAUCAAGCCCUUCGUUUGCAGCGUAUGCGACUACUCUUGCGUGCUAAACAUGGAACUCCGGCGGCACAUGAUGCGUCACACCGGAGUGCGGCCUUACAAGUGCCGCAUCUGCGAUAGGCGCUUCGGCGACUUCGGCAGCCGGCAAAAGCACGAGAGGUUACACAUGGGCCUGCGCCCGUACCAAUGUGCUCUGUGCGGCAAGUCUUUCACUUACUCGUACGUGCUCGCCAAUCACAUGCUCACGCACACAGGCGAGAAGAAGUAUGCGUGUGCUCCAUGCAACAAGAAAUUCACAAAGGCUCACCACCUCAAAUACCACAACAAAGUGCACCACAAGGAUGUUUAUAUACAGCAACAGCUGGAGCAGGAGGCCAAGAAGAUCAAACAACAACUCAGCGUCAACAAUUUGACCGGCGUGGUGACCGGGCAGAUUGUGGGCGGACAACUGCAACUCAUACAGACCACUUCUGAAGACGGUGAGCACGAGGGACAGAUGCAGGUGGUGGAGGAACAGGAAGAGGAAUAUUCUGAGGAGAAGGAGACGGACCAAGCUGUGGCCAACAUGCAAGGGAUUGUCAUAGACGACGAUUACACCAUGGUAGUGGACAGAGUAUAGAAAUCAGCACUGAUAGAAUAAUGUAUUUAAUAAAAAUCAUAAUAAUAUACAUUUAUGUUAGACUCGAAGACCGAAAACGCUCAUUGAGCGAAAAAAUUGUUAGCUCACAGGUUUUUAACUAUGCCCGCUCAAAAAAUCACAUCGAUCCGUUGCACUGUUGCGAUGUGAUUGAAGGACAAACCAACAAACUAACACACUUUCGCAUUUAUAAUAUGGGUAGUAGUUAUGUAUGAAAAUAAUCAUCGGCACAUACCUAUUUACAGUUUUUAAGCCUUUCGGGGUGGAACGGAAUUAUUGACGUAAUCGACGUUUUUAGCAUUAAGUUAUGUAAUUUAUAAUUAUCUGUUAAGGAAUAGAAAUAAAUGUUAUCAUGGAAUCUAA